AUGGAUGAUUUUACAAAAGAAACAUUUCCCACUGGAAAUCCAGCCCAAUGGUGGUACCAGAUUUCUGUUGAUCAAGACGGCAAAAGUUACUGGGUCACCGUCAACGGUUUUUGCGGCCUCGAUAGGCAAAUCACCACCAAGGAACAGGAAGAUCAAAGAGACUGGCAAAGAACAGCAAAGGAAGAGACAAUGAAUGAACUUACCAAGGGAUUUCAAAAUCAAUUGCCAACUAUCCAUGACAAGGUUGAGAUCAACGAUGGCGUCGGACCUGAGAGAUCCAAGAACUGGGCGAUUUGGUCUAGUAAUAUCUGGAGACAAAUAGCAGAGGAUCGAAGAGCUAGAGGUGUCUCACGUCCCCAGGCCACCGUUACCAACUCUUCCAAUGGCCAUUAA